AUGGCUGUUAGUCUAGUUCGCUUCGUCAUGAUCUGGAAAGCUGGAGCCGACUCGAGCAUUUCACUCAUACUUUGGAGCGCUUUGGAUGUCAACAUAGGUCUCGUCGUCGCUUGUCUCCCGUCACUGCGCCCGUACUUCGGAGCACGAACCAAGUCCCAAGAACAUAGUCGAGAGAGCCACAGCUGGGAUUCUACCAGGAAACACUCUGCGUUUGGCAACCGAACUAUAUGCUUUUACUCCAAGAAGCGCGAUAGCGAGGCGUGGCCAUCGUCGUCCGGCAUUCAUGCGAGAUACUCGUCGAUAGACCAGACAGUCGUUGGAUCCUGGGAUGAUACAAAGGGAUUCAAGGAUACGAAUGAUGUUGAGUUGAGAGUUCUGCCAGGAGCAAGAACGAGGGACGUAAAGUAUGGCAGAUAG